AUGGCACUCUCUCCGCCCGCGACGACCCCGGAGGCGCCCCCGCGCCGGAACCUACUCUCGCUCGACGAGGACGCGGCGCUCGCCGACGCCGAGGUCGACGGCCUCACGACCCUGCGGCGGUUCAAGGACUCGAUCCACGACCUCAUGCCCUUUGGGCCGGCUGUAUGCGCGGUCAUCGACACCCCGCAAUUCCAGAGGCUGAGGCACAUCAAGCAGCUGGGGACUUCGUACUACGUCUGGCCGGGCGCGUCGCACAACCGAUUCGAACACUGUCUUGGCGUCGCAUAUCUGUCCCAGAUCUUCGCCGAGCACCUCAAGGCGCGACAACCGUCCCUUGGUAUCACCACCCGCGACGUGCAGUGCGUGACGAUUGCGGGGCUGUGUCAUGACCUCGGACAUGGACCGUGGAGCCAUGUGUGGGACAGCAUGUUCAUCCCAGCUAUCCUUCCGGACAAGAAGUGGUGCCACGAAGAUGCGUCGAACAUGAUGUUUGACGACCUCAUCAAAUUCCUCGCGGAAAAGGGGCUUGACUUCGACCCCGACGAUGCGCGGUUCGUCAAAGCGCUCAUCAUGGGUGACAGGAGCUUGUGCAGCGAGAACGAAAAGCCGUUCAUCUUCCAGAUCGUCGCGAACAAGACGAAUGGGAUUGAUGUGGACAAAUUCGACUAUAUCGGUCGCGACUCUCAUGCCAUUGACCAAACGAGUAACCUGGCUCUGAAAAGACUUAUGUACUCCGCGCGCGUUAUUGACAACGAGCUGUGUUACGAUAUCAAGGACGCGCAUCAGAUCUUCGAGCUCUGCCACACCCGGAUGUCCCUUCACAAGCGCAUCUACACACACAAGACGGGUAAGUGGGACUUCGCUGAUAAAGAACGCGACACUCACGUUCUGAAAUCCCUAGCCAAAGCCAUCGAGUUCAUGAUAGUCGAUGCUCUAAAGCUCGCCGAGCCCGUCAUGAACAUCGCGCGUCGCCUCGAGGACCCCAAGAAGUAUUUGCAUCUUACCGACGAGAUCAUGGGCACUAUUGAGAGCUCGGACGACCCUCGGCUUACCGAGGCACAAGCCAUCCUGCAACGGAUCUGUGUCCGAGACUUGUACAGGCCCGCGGAUUCCAAAGUGUUUCGCUGGGACCAGAAGCAAAAGCUGAAGGCGACAUUCACACCCCACUCGGUUGUCCAGAGUGUCAAGGAUCUGUACGAGAAUCGUGCGUUCGACGCCUCAGCAUUAGACGGAGUGAGGCCAGAAGACGUUGCUGAGCUCUCGCAAGACCACGUCAUCGUCGACUUCACGGCAAGGCAUCACGGCAUGCAGGAUGAGAACCCGUUGGACUACAUCAAGUUCUAUUCGAAGCGAAACCCGAACGUGGGCAUGCACGCAGAGAUGGACGACAUCUCCGUGACGCUCCCCUUGAUGUUCGGCGAGGUCCUCGUCAGGGUGUACACGAGGGAUUCGAGGUUCCUCGGGCUCGUCCAGCUCGGGUUCCGGCAAGUGCUGAAGGAUUUCACCCGACACGAAGAGGCGGCAUCUCUGCGGCACUCCACCAACUUGGAGAUAGAGGUUGACCUCGACCUCGACGAGCGCCCGGCCAGCCGCACGAUGGCGACGCCCCCCGCCGAGCCCCAGCCCUCACCGUCCCGUCAGCCGGCCCGCACGCUCACACGACGCGGCAGCCGCGUGCUCGCACGGCACCCGAGCGGCGUGGUGGUCGAGACGCACCCGAUGAAGGAGAACCCGUUCAUGACUCUCCCGGCGAGCUACCCGAACCAGAGCCCGAAGAAGGGGAAGAAGCGCGAGCGCGAGCGGACCGCAGCCGUAGACAGCAGUGGGGAGAGGGCCGAUGCUGCAGCGGUGGCGGCGCCGGCAGCAGAGGGAGGGGGCGGCGACACGGACUCGGAGAGCUUGGACCUCAAUUUGAUGGACGUCCCGGCGAUGGCGGGGGUGGGGGCCGCUCCAGAGUCGCCGCCGCCGAAGAAGAAGAGCAAAUCAUGA